ACCACCGCAAGAAAAGAAAUGCGUAAAUAUUCAUCCAAAUGCAUUUGAUUUUUUUUUUUUGUUCUUAUUGCUUCAAUUGUUUUUUUAAAGAUGAUUCUUUUUUUGUUUUGUUUUUUUUAAAGAGCAGCUUAAUAAUCAUGCGUGCAUUUGCCUGCAAUCAUAUGGACUUUUGUUUGGUCCUUUUAUUUUUUUAAAUAUCAGUCCCUUGAGUCUAAAGACGACCGCUUUACUGGAAAGAGAGACUGAAAACGACACGCUGCUUUCUUUAGAGAACUUACUCUAAAGUUCUCUUUAUGGCGUUUCAAAAAUGAAUGACUCUAACUUGAGGAACGAAAGCAACUAUGGGAUCUAUUUUGCUGAAGCUUUUAAUGGAUCUGUUCUGGACCAAAUAUUUCCAAACGACAGCAUCACAAAAUGCCCGAACUUCACUAUGGACUCACAGGUUAUCGGGGUUGGGAUCUUUCUCUUCGUUUUCAUUUCGGCGUCAAUUGUUGGCAACAUUUUGGUUAUCCUGUCUGUUGUAUGCAAUAAACAUUUGCAGACUGUCACAAACUUCUUCAUUGUCAACUUGGCCAUGGCAGACCUGCUGCUGAGCAUUAUUGUGCUGCCUUUCUCUGCAUCUCUAGAGGUUCUGGGAUGCUGGGUGUUUGGCCGGGUGUUCUGUAACAUCUGGGCAGCGGUGGAUGUGCUCUGCUGCACAGCAUCCAUCCUCAGCCUAUGCGUCAUCUCCAUCGACCGGUACAUAGGUGUUAAACACUGCCUGAAAUACCCAACUAUCAUGACGGAGAAGAAAGCAAUAGCUAUUUUACUGCUGGUUUGGCUGUCAUCCACGGUCAUCUCUGUUGGACCGCUCCUGGGAUGGAAGGAACCGCCGCCUGUGGACGACAGGAUCUGCAGCAUCACAGAGGAGCCCGGCUACGCGCUCUUCUCCUCUCUCUUCUCCUUCUACCUCCCGCUAAUGGUCAUUCUCAUCAUGUACUUUCGGGUGUAUGUUGUAGCCCGCAGGACUACUAAGAGCCUAGAAGCGGGCAUGAAACGGGAGAGAAAUAAGUCGAUGGAAGUGGUCCUCCGGAUACACUGUCGAAGCGUGAUGGAGGACGCACGCCGGAGCAGCUCAAAGAGCAACAAGAACCAUCCGUUUAGAAGUUCUCUGUCAGUGCGGCUGAUGAAGUUCUCCAGAGAGAAAAAGGCUGCUAAAACCCUCGCCAUCGUUGUGGGGAUGUUCAUCUUGUGUUGGCUGCCCUUUUUCUUCUUUCUGCCUAUGGGUGCCUUCUUUCCAGCACUGAAGCCAUCUGAAACUGUGUUCAAGGUGGUCUUCUGGCUGGGCUACUUCAACAGCUGCAUCAACCCCAUGAUCUACCCCUGCUCCAGCAAAGAGUUCCAGCGGGCAUUCACUCGGCUCCUCAGGUGCCAGUGUCACCAAAGACAGAGGGUCCUGCGUCGCUUCUAUGACCACAGGUGGCGGACGGCUGUCCAUAGAAUGGCAAGGGAUCAGAGGGGAGACUGUGCACCCAGCUAUUCUGUGCACGAAUCCUGUGGCAACUCUUUGUUUCACAAGGGUAAAGGGCCCUCGCUAGGUUUCAAGAGAUGGAGUCUGUUUCCACCUCUGCAAAAAUCUUCUUUCCAGCUCAAAGAGAAAGUGAACAAUCUGUCAAAUAAAUUCAAGCGAGGGCCAGGAAAAGGAACCAAACCUGCAGUAGGUCGGAUUGAUAUAGUAGACACAGUCUCUAUGGGGAUUUACAACUCUUGUGAGCAGAGCAGUUAUCAGUUCUAUGAUCUGGCAGACUGCUAUGGUCUUAAAGAGACUGACAUUUAGGGGGCAAUCGGAGAAGCUUUUAUUCAUUUUCAGAAAGCCAUAUUGGACCAACAUGCUAUGAUAGGACUUGAAAAACAUCUGAGAAUCCAAGCUUGAGUAAAGCUGUAGACUGACAACAAAGGCUUGAUCCCAGCACAAACCGGACUAAUCUCAAUCCCUUAUUCACAUCAUUUAAGUGGUCACAGUGGGAGGCAACCUCUUGGACUAACUUUGAUGCAGUCACUUGGAAGCACUGUGCGUCGACAUAACACAGCUUGGUGUUGACGCGCAUACGCCCUUUCGGCAAGACGGUUAACAUUAGCCUCAUUAUUGCCGCUUAUUUCUUUAAAUUUAUAUAUUAAAAUUUUAAUUUCAGCUGAUUUUAGAGAAAAAAUUACAUACAACUGUAAAGGAUUGAAACGAAUAUUUUGAAAACUCUAACAGAGCAAAUAAGAGUUAUAAGUAAAGAUUUUAUUGUUGUUAGAAUGUCUAGAUUCACUCAAAUGUAAUAUGUCAAAAUGUAUCAUGAUAUUUCAUCAAAUUGUGGGGUUUUGACAAGGCAUUGUAGAUGUAAGAGUCCGCCUAUGAUAAAGAUGCUGCACAGUAUUUAUUCAAACUGUUGGAUUUAUAAGUCAACUUGGCAUUGAUAUGUACACUUAUUUGAAUAAAAAUCCAUGGGUCCUCUUGGACCGCUUGACUGUAAUUUGUUUUACAAGUGAGUGCUGAUGUGUGAUAAAUAUCCUUUUUUUAGGGAUACUUUCUAAAGUUAUGUUUGGUAACGUCAGAUAUAAAUCAGAAAUAAAAUAAAAAGUAAAACAAGUUGUGCCAAUUAUUUGUUUUUUUAAAUCUGCCUAUUCCAGAUUCCACUAUUGUUCUGUUUGUUUCCCCUCUUGCAUCUUUUCACCUUAAUGUCUUGUGCUUUUGGGGAGCAAAAAAGUGUGUUUGACACAUAAGCAAUGAAAUUGAUGGAAGUAAUUCAAUAUCUGUAUGUGUCAACCAAGGUGAACAGAGUAGUGGAAAUCUGCUGACCCAAAAUUACAAAUAAAAAAUGUAUGAAUUCAAAGACAGUGACAAUCAGUCACAUUCAGAUAAGGCUUGAGCUGCGGGCAAUGUUAAAGAGAAAAAGGGAGAGAUACUAUCAAGACUAAUAAAUAUCAAUUGCUUUCUGUUAUUAGCCUCAUUCCACCAUGAGAUAACACAAAUGUUUUCUUCACCUCGGGGAAAGUCAAACAGCGGAAUUAUGACCAUAAGUGACAAAGAAAAAAAGCUUCAUGAAGAGAAAGAAAGUGAUGAAAAUAAAUAGAGGAAAGUUCUUAUCAGUGGACACCCCAUUAAGUGUACAAAACCAAUAUACAC